UGUACAGAGAGAGAGAGAUGAGAGAGAGUCUAGAGAGGCAGCUCACCUCUGAGCUACACAGUCGAGCCACCAUUCAGAGACGUCUGAAGAAGGAGAAGAAGGCAAAGAGGAGGUUACAGGAGGCGCUGGAAUAUGAGUCCAAGCGGAGAGGGCAGAUCGAGCAGGCCUUACAGCAGGCCACCUCAUCAGACGCUCUCACACACGAUCCAAUCAGUCUGGACAUGGAGACAGAGCGAUGCAGAAGCCCAGAGGACAACUGCUUGUUACAAG